CCACCGCCGCCGGUCGCCGGCCGUCUGCCGGCACAGCCACAGCACCUCAGCUAGUGAGCCGCCCGUCCCGCCGCCGCCGCCCCAUGCUCCCCCUCCCCGGUCUCCUCCGCCGCGCGCGCGCACCUCCCCAUCUCCCGCCCCACCGCCACCUCUCCCGCCUCCUCGACCGCUACGGCUUCGUGGCCCCGGCCUCCCUGACCCCGUCCCCGCGAGAGCCGCCCCGCGCGGCCGCCACCGACUCCGCCGCCGCGAAGAAGCGCCGCGCCAAGAAGCCCCCCUACCGCCCGCCGUCCUCGCUGGACCGCGGCGGCCGCCCGCCCGCGCACUCGGACCUCCCCUUCGACUUCCGCUUCAGCUACACCGAGAGCACCACGGCCUCCAAGCCCAUCGGGCUCCGCGAGCCCAAGUACUCCCCGUUCGGGCCCGGGCGGCUCGACCGGCCCUGGACGGGACUCUGCGCGCCCGCCGUCGACGCCACGCUCCGCGACGUCGCGGCCGAGGACCCCCUCCCCGACGCCGAGAGGGGGCUGGAGGAGGCCCGCCGGCGGGAGCGGGAGCGCGUGCUGGGAGAGCCGCUCACGCCCGCGGAGCGCGCGUUCUUGGUCGAGAAAUGCCAGAAGAACCGCACCAAGCGGCAGAUUAACCUUGGGAGAGACGGGCUUACUCACAACAUGCUAAAUGACAUCCACAAUAACUGGAAGAGCUGUGAGGCGGUCAGGGUGAAAUGCCUAGGUGUGCCAACAGUUGAUAUGCAAAAUGUGUGCCACCAGCUUGAGGAUAAAACUGGUGGACUGAUCAUCCACAGGCAAGGGGGUCAGUUGAUACUGUACAGGGGUAGGCAUUACAAUCCAAAGAAAAGGCCUGUUAUUCCGUUGAUGCUAUGGAAGCCAGCUGAACCUGUGUACCCAAGGUUGAUCAAAACAACAAUAGAGGGGCUCACAGUUGAGGAGACGAAGCAAAUGAGGAAGAAGGGCCUACAUGUUCCUGUUUUGACGAAGCUUGCCAAGAAUGGAUAUUAUGCUAGUCUUGUGCCAAUGGUUCGGGAUGCCUUUUUGGUUGAUGAAUUGGCUCGAAUAGAUUGUAAAGGAUUACCAAAAAGUGAUUAUCGGAAGAUUGGAGUCAAACUCAGGGACCUUGUUCCUUGCAUUCUUGUCUCUUUUGACAAGGAACAGAUUAUUGUUUGGAGGGGAAAGGAUGAUGGAAGCCUACAAGAUCAAAUGCAGCAGCCAUUCCCUUCAGUUAUCGACUCAGAUGGUGCAUCAGUAAAGGAUGAAAGUGAUGAUCAGGAACAAGCACCAAGUGACUGGUCUUCUGACGAGUGUUCUGGGAUCAGUAGCUCUAAUGAAGAGCCAGAUGACAAACCAGUAAUUUCGAACCUAGACUCUUCUAGGCUGAUCUGACACAUCCAGAAUACACAGUUCACAUGGUUGCAAACUGUUACUAGACAUCACCAAUGAUGUGUUGGCUUCCCUCAGAAUGAAGCUUGUGUAUUCUCUAUCCAUGAGAGUGAUCCAAUCUCAUGUAGCGAUGGCCCAUGGGAAUUUCUAAGGCUGUCAAUCAUCCACCAGUAUUUCUGGCUGGGCAAUUUAUAUUUUCCCCCUGUACAUAGAUUGACAAAAGUUGCUUUGGAUGGACUGAUCAGCCACCUGACUUCACAUGAUUGUUACUUGAGGCUCAGAACAUAUUUUACAAACCUUAUUUGACAUUACACAAACGCCAUGUAAAGUUUAAGAAUAGUCAUUUAACCAUGCUAUCUGGUCUCUUCUAGCCCUGAAUACUCUCUCUGGUCAUGUUUUUUGUUCAACCAUCAAUUGGGGAUUGUUUGGACCCUUUUUGUUAUGUAGUUUUUGGGUCUUAGUGAACUGGAAAGGAGCUUUGCCUAUGUACUGGUACUACUAUGCUUUACUUGUAUUCAUUGUUGUGGUUAUAAUCAAAAAGAGGGAAUAAUUCAUUUGAGAGUUCA